GUGUGAACUUCCCAGCAUACACUGCGCGCAUUACGUUGUUUCCGGUUAGCUACUGGCUACCGUCAGACACCGGGAUGAUCAAACCUCAUUCAACGGGCCCGCGUGUUUUAAGUAAACCCGCUGGUCUUCGUUAUUGGAACUGUAAUAUUGAUGAUUACCGUCAGCAGUACGAGAGUGACAAGCAGUGGUCCGCUAGACGUCAGUUCAUUGUGAAACACAUUGAGGAGUACGAGGGAAAUGCUCUUGAUAAGCUGCUGGCCCUGUCGAUGGUGUGGGUUAACCAUGUUUUCCUGGGAUGCAGGUAUGGCUCCCAAUUGAUGCACAAGGUGCUUGAGAUGGCAGAAGGGAUUGAUGUUGGCAAAAUGCCCUCAUAUGAACUAGUACCAAACGUUGAAGCAAAAAAGAGGCUAUAUUCAUCUGAUGGAAGUGAAGAGCCUAUGAGGAAGAUGCCUUUGCCAAAAUUCACAUCCAGACCUCGAUUUGAACCUGUACACUUUGUAAGUGGCGAAAACAGUGGCAGUCAAAUUGGAGAAACUGACGAAAAAGAAAACGAGAAGGAGCGCAGGAGGGGUGUGAUAAAUGACGUAAGACAAAGGGAACCAGAUCAUCAGCCAUAUAAUGGAAACCAUGGAAACGGCUCCUCUUCCUCCUCAGGCUGCCUUGAGAUGCGGAGAUAUGGUUAUGAUUCUUGGCCUGAGCACACAAGUAAGGACGUGGCCUCAGGCGGCACAAGUGGGCUUGGCUAUGGCAGCAGAGGGUCCACCCCGAACUUCAUGGGCAAGGUGCAACAGGAGUACACCGCUAGAUAUGAGGUGCAUACCAGCAGACAUUCCGACUCAUUCUCACAGGCAGGCCGAGCUGAUGAAUACGGAAGUGCUGGACGGUCUGGAGCCUGGGAUAGCGGACGGCGUGGACUGGGAUUUGGACAUCAGGAUAGGCCGACGUCCAGCAAGGCUUUCAGCAGGGUAUACGAUGGUCCAAGCAGAGGCGGCUCUGGCCUUCUCCCAACACCCUCACUGCCGUCUUCUAUCCCCGCAUCAACAAUUGACGAAAAACUGAGGCUGAUUACCAGAGUAUCAUCGGCUGUUUUAAUUACCUUGAGAGAUCCUGCAUUCAUGAGUGGACCUGACAUGCCAAACUACAAUUUCAUACUCAGCCGCAGCAUUCAGGCUUGCAAGACGAACCCAGAGUACAUCUAUGUUAAUUUAAGAGAUAUUCCACCCGCUGACCUUCCUAAAAACAGAAAAGUACCCUCUGAAGGAUAUGCAUGUGAACUGAGGUGUCAGUCUGUGUACCUUGCCACAGGGUACUCUGGGAGCAAAAACGGUGCCAGAGACCGAGCGUCAGAACAAGCCGUCAAGCUGUUCAUGAGGCCAGUGGAAAUUCGUGUUCUGCAACGGCUGUACAAGCAUACUUAUGUUAAUGACAUGGUGGUGUGCCAGGUUAACACUCCAAACCCAGUCCUUCCCCCACCUCUUCGCAACCCUGAGGACAAGCCACUCCCUAGUACCAAGGGCCAGUAUGAGCCUGACCGAAGCAAACACUGGACAGAGUUUGUUAUCAUGGAGAACGCACAUGAUGCCAUCUGUAUACUCAACAACUCGGCUGCGUUCAACCGCAUGAAAGUUGAUUACACUUUUGACCCGGUUCCCAACAGCAGUUUCUGGCUCUGUAGUGUGUACUUACAGGGCGAGCUGGUGGCACAAGCCAGAGGGACCAAGAAGAGCUCAAAACAUGCAGCGGCAGAGGCAGCGGUAAGGAAGUUGCGAAUGAACCAGGCUGCUCGUCAACAAGAGCAGCAACAGCAGCAGAAUUUUUCUGGAGGCAACCACACUUCAGACCAGCCUGGUAGUCGCUACGCCCAGCAAAGCAGCAAGAAAGCGCAGCUAGGUGAAUUGGUCAUCCUUGAAAACUCUGAUAACGCUAUUUGCAUAAUUAAUGACACUGCUCAAUUUAAUAAAGUGCUUGCUGACUACAAGUUUACGGUUCUGCCGGACCAUCGCUGGAGGUGUGAAGUUUACCUCGAUGGUCAGUAUGUGGCUGCAGGCAUUGGACCCAAAAAGACAGUGAAGCACAUUGCAGCAGAGGAGGCCCUCGUCACACUUCGGCGCACACAAGCUGUGGUGAAGUCCAACCUCAGGAAAGAGGGCCACGUGGAUGCAAUUUCCCGAAAUCAAAUCAUGGCUCAUUCUGGCGAGGAAUCCAUGCGACAGGAGAUCAAGGAGGACAACAUCGGUAACCAGCUUCUCCGUAAGAUGGGCUGGACGGGUGGUGGUUUGGGUAGAGAAGGAGAGGGUAUUGCUGAACCCAUCAAGGUCAAAGAGCAGUUUACCAGGGAAGGACUUGGUAUGGAUAUGGACAGGCACAGUAAUCAGCUGACUAAGCGUGACAUUGAGGAAAUAAUUCGGAAUUAUGCGAGUUCAGACCGUCAAGAUGACCUGCGCUUCUCCACAGAGCUUAACAAUGAAGAGCGCAGGCAGAUACACCAAGUAUCCCAAAGAUACGGGCUGCGCAGCAAAUCGUAUGGACAGAGCCGACAGCGCUUCCUCGUGGUUAGCCGCAGAGUUCAGAAGGAACAGCUGAUUGGUCAGCUAUUGCAGGAGGGGCAGGUGGGACGAUAUGAACUGGUGAAACCUCAGCCUUCACAAUGACUAGGCUCAACAGGCCUCUGAGAAACCAACAGAUGACCAUUAAUAAAAGCAAAGUGGUGUUACUUUUCCUGUUCAUUUGUUUCCGAAGAGUGUAAAAUAUUUUUUUAAAAAGCCUGUAAUAUCUGUCAGUUCUCAAUGACUACAGUGUGUACCCUUUGCCAAUCUUUACCAUGUAUUAUUGAAAACUGUCCAGAUUUGUCAUAGGUGAGCUCAAGACUAUAUGAUGAACACAUAUCUUACUAACUUAACUUUUUGUCAUAUCAUAUAUCCUGUGAAUUAUAUUUAUUGAUAUGGAUGUUAGUAGUGGGGCCUUAUGGCAGCAUGUGCUCUUCUCUGAAAUGACAUUCCAUUUUAUGUUUUCACAAUGGACAAGAUAUCAUUCACUCAGUCUUUCAUCUGUUGUAAGAUAAACACUUGAAAUAUAAAAAUAUCCUUUAAGUAAUUACAAAACAGUAUAUAUUUUUUGUCAUAUUUUGGUUGUUGAUUGUAGAAUUAAAUAUUUCUCUCAACCUUAAAUCUUUCAACUCCCUGUCUGGCAAAUGAAGUUUGCGAUUGCGAAUACUGUCAACCAGUCUGCUUGUACUGACACAUUAAAUGUAGUCUGGUCAUUGUUCAUAUUGUAGUCCAUUUAAUGAAAUGUAGAUGCUCUCUUUGUUCAAGAACAAACACCAUAGAGUUAAUUAUACUGUUUAUUUAUAAGAAUUGAGAAAAUGUACAGUUUCUUACAUGGGUUACUAGUGCAAAUCCGACACUCUUGGUAAAUUAGAA